AUGGAGGAGCUAGGGUUUGGCUGCACGGACACGGUGGAGCACUGCAAGGCCGUGCUCAAGGAGCACAGCGCCGGCAGCAGCAUCAGCGAAGCGGACGUUGCGCGGGUCAUGGGAGUGGUGGCGAAGGGUUCCGUGGAAACUCGUGGCGGGGGUGGCGGCGCUGGGCCGCUCACGUUCUGGAACGACAUGGCGACGGCGAUGGAGGAGCUAGGGUUUGCGUGCACGGACACGGUGGAGCACUGCAAGGCCGUGCUCAAGGAGCACAGCGCCGGUAGCAGCAUCAGCGAGGCGGACGUCGCGCGGGUCAUGGGGGUGGUGGCGAAGGGUUUCGUGGAGACUCGUGACGGGGGUGGCGGUGCUGGGCCGCUCACGUUCUGGAACGUGGAUGUGCUGGUUGAAGCCAUUGUUCAGCUGGCGCCGAGGCUGAGCUGGUCGUCGGUGAUCAACCAUCUGGACUACCCAGGCUUCUUUGUCAAGGAUCAGAAGGGCUUCAGCGCGCUCGUGCUUAUGCACUCCAAAGCUACCAAGGAGCUCUUCCCCCUGCCGUCCGUAUGCGGCAAGCUGUGGGCGAACGCGGAUGGGCAGCUCUCCUUCCUCCGCCACGCGGUCUCCGCGCCCCCCGAAGUCUUCACCUUCGCGCACUCCCCCCGCCAACCCCCCCCCAUGGACAACCUCCACGGGCACAAGCUCCCCACGGGCACCCCCAACUGCGCCUGGGUCUCCCUAGACCUUCUAGAAGCCCUCUGUAGGAUCGGCGAGACUGGGAGGAAGGCGGAGGUGGUGGAAGUGCUGGGGUACCCGAUAAAGCACUGCCCGGAGGUGCUUAUAGUGGGGCUGGCGCAGGUGAAGACGCCCGGAGGGGGGGUGAUUCAGAGGGAGGUUCUGGGGGCGUUGGUGCCUCUGUAUCUGGCGAAUAAUCCGAACUCGAGCAUUGUGCUGCAUGCGCUGUGGGGGGUGCCCGGGGGAAAGGACGUGGUGAUGCAGGCGAUGGUGGGCGUGCACGCCAGCGAUCCCACCAGCAUUGCUCGCCUGCUCGACGUGUGCCAGGAUCUCAAGGUUCUCUCGGUGGUGCUGGAGAGCACGCCCUUCUCUUUCUCCCUGGACCUCGCUUCUCUUGCCUCUCGCCGCGAGUACCUCAACCUCGAGAAGUGGCUGCAGGAGGCGCUCACUCUGCACCGCGACUCGCUCUUCAAGGCGUGUCUGCAGUUCCUGAGGGCCAAGCUGGUGCAGGACAGUCAGGACGCCAGUGCACAGCGAAUCAACCUUUCUCUGGAAACGCUCGCCAUCUUCUUCAAGGUCCUCCAAGCCAACGCGCCGCAGCUGCAGGCGCCCGAGCUGGGCGACGAGCUUAAAGCCCUGUACGCGUCCGCGCUGCAGCUGCACCCGGCGCUGCAGACCGUGGCAGUGCCUGAGCAGGCCCCUGCAGACGUGUUUGCGAGCGACAUAGAGGAGGAGGCGAAUGCGUACUUCCAGAAGAUCUACGUGGGGCAGUUGAGCAUUGAGGAGGUGGUGGAUAUGCUGAAGCGCUUCAACGGCUCCUCCGUGCAAAGGGAGCAAGAUGUGUUUGCGUGCAUGAUUCAGAGCCUAUUUGACGAGUACCGCUUCUUCCCGCGCUACCCCGACAAGGAGCUCCGCAUCACUGCUGUCCUCUUCGGCUCCCUGGUGAAGCACCAGCUAGUGUCGUCCAUCACCCUGGGCAUAGCCCUGCGCUGUGUGCUAGACGCACUCAAGAAGCCCUCCGACUCCAAGAUGUUCUCCUUUGGCGUCACCGCGCUCGAGCAGUUCCACCAGCGCCUGCCCGAGUGGCCGCCCUACUGCACGCACAUCCUGCACAUCCCGCACCUGCAGGACGUGCACCCGCGCCUGUACGCGUUAGUUCAGGCUGCUGCAGCGGCGCCAGCGAGUAAAGGCGUGGCUGGGGAAGGUUUAUCUGGUGCAGGCGGUGCUGCUGCUGCUGCUGGCGGUGGCGGUGGUGGUGCUGCUGCUGGUGGUGCUGGUGGUGGUGCUGCAGGUGCUGGUAACGUGGGAGGGAAUGGGGAGGGUGGGGUGGUGGCAGGGGCAGGGGCAGGUGGUCCCAGUGCUGUUAGUGGUGCUGCUGCCGCUGGUGCGGCUGCUGGUGCUGCUGGCGGUGUUUCCACUGGUGGGGCUGGUGGGGGAGGAGGGGGUGUGGAUGGUGGAGGUGCCAUUGGUGCAGGCGACAAGGGGAAGGGUGCUUCUGGUGGUGGUGAUACUGGGGGUGUGGGGCCUCAGGAUAAGGCGGGGAAGUCAGCGGAUGGUGUGGCAGGGAAGGGAGCAGUGGAGGGGAAGGAUGGUGCUGGGGGGGUAACACAGGGGCAGGCGCAGGGACAGGCACCAGGGCAGGGGCAGGUGAAAGCAGAGCAAAAGAAGGAAGAGGCGGAAGAGAAGCAAGAUGGGGCUGUGGGAGGGAAGGCAGAGGCAGGUAGUGCAGGGCAAGCGGCUGUGCAGAGCCCUGCGAAGGAUUCCAUUCUAUUCAAGCCGUCAGGUGCCGCCUUGGCCCCAAUUGGAGGGUCAGGAGGCUCACAGAAGCUGGAGGCUCUGCGUCCGCGUGGGGGUUCAGGUGCGGGAGUGGCUACCAGAGCGCCUGCUGCUGGGUUUGGGCAUGCGCUCAACAUUGAGACGCUUAUGGCUGCAGCAGAGAAGCGAGAAAGCCCCAUCGAGAUGCCCUCAUCAGACGCACAGGACAAGGUGGCGUUUAUCAUCAACAACAUCGCGGCGGCAAAUCUGGACCAGAAGGCCAAGGAGAUCCUCGAGGUGCUCAAGGAGCCCUUCUUCCCCUGGUUCGCGCAGUACCUCGUCAUGAAGAGAGCGAGCAUAGAGCCCAACUUUCACGAGCUCUACCUCAAGUUUGUCGACAAGAUGGCGGCCAAAUCGCUGCAGAAGGAAGUGGUGAAGGCGACCUACGAGAACUGCAAGGUUCUGCUGCGAUCAGAGCUGAUCCGGUCCAGCAGUGAGGAGCGCUCGCUGCUCAAGAACAUCGGCAGCUGGCUGGGCCGACUCACCAUUGGCCGGAACCAGCCGCUGCGCGCCAACCAGAUCAACCCGAAGAAUCUUAUCAUCGAGGCAUACGAGAAGGGUCUUAUGAUUGCCAUCAUUCCAUUCACAUCCAAAAUUCUGGAACCCUGUGCGAACAGUGUGAUCUACCAGCCACCCAACCCCUGGACCGUGGGCAUCCUGGGUCUGCUGGUGGAGAUUUACAGCCUGCCCAACCUGAAGCUCAAUCUCAAGUUCGACAUUGAGGUGCUGUUUAAAAACCUGGGGAUCGAGAUGAAGGAGGUGAAGCCGUCGCAGCUGCUAGUUGGGCGGCAGAGGGAGAUGGAGGGAAAUCCGGACUUCUCAAACAAGGACCUGCUAGCUGCCCACCUAUCCGCUGCAGGAGGAGCGGGGGCAGGAGGAGCAGGGUCAGGAAGGGGUUCCCCUCAGCCUCUUGUGCGGUCAGCUGUUGCGUCCCCUGAGCCGCCUGGUCCUGCUGGUAGAGGGGCCAUGGGAGUGCCUGGUGCAGGGAAGGCGGAACAGCAGGUUUCACAGUUUCAGCAGCAACAGCAACAGCAGCAACAGCAACAGCAGCAGCAGCAGCAGCAGCAGCAGCAGCAGCAACAGCAGCAACAGCAGCAACAGCAGCAACAGCAGCAGCAGCAGCAGCAGCAGCAGCAGCAGCAGCAGCAACAGCAGCAGCAGCAGCAGCAGCAGCAGCAGCAGCAGCAACAGCAGCAGCAGCAGCAGCAGCAACAGCAACAGCAACAGCAGCAGCAACAGCAGCAGCAGCAACAGCAGCAGCAACAGCAGCAACAGCAACAGCAGCAGCAGCAGCAGCAGCAGCAGCAGCAGCAGCUGCAGCAACAACAGCAGCAACAGCAGCAGCAACAGCAGCAGCAGGAACAGAUGUCAAUGCAGCAGCAGCAGCAAUCACCGCCACCGCAGCAGUCCCAGCAGCAGCAGCAGUUGUUGCUGCAGCAGUCGCAGCAAGCUGGUGCCAAGGCUGCUAUUCCGUCAUCGGUGUUGCUGCCCAACCUGGCGUCCUACAUCGUCAUCAGCCCCAAGCUCGCUCCAGUGGCACAACAGCUGCAGCUCGCAAGGAUCGUGCCUGCGUGCAUGGACCGGGCGGUGAGGGAGAUUGUGUCGCCAGUGGUGGAGAGGAGCUGCAGCAUUGCGUGCAUGACCACACGCGAGCUGGUGCUCAAGGACUUUGCAAUGGAGGCGGACGACAGCCGCACACAGAAGGCAGCUAACCUCAUGGUGGCAAGCCUCGCGGGCAGUCUGGCGCUCGUCACGUGCAAGGAGCCUCUGCGUGUGGCAAUGGCGAACCACCUGAGGACGCUGCUCCAGGCGGCACUGGCAGGGGCGGAGCUGGAGCAGGUGGCUCAGCUGCUGGUCAGCGACAACCUCGACCUGGGGUGUGCCGUCAUUGAGAAGGCCGCCAGUGAGAAGGCUGUGCGCGAUUUAGAAGAGGUACUGGGGCCAGCACUAGCCAUGCGGCGCAAGCAGCGGGAGGCACUGGGAGCUGCCUACUAUGAUGCAUCCAUCUACUCCCAGGGCAGCCUUGCCCGCAUCCCAGAGGCCCUCAGGCCCAAACCCGGGCGGCUCACGCUGGUCCAGCAGAGAAUCUAUGAGGAUUUCGCGCAUCUGCCCUGGCAGGGGCAGGUGCCUCAGGCGGGAGCGGCGGCUGCUGCUGCUGCUGCUGUGCUGGGCGGGGCUGGAGGGGCGGGGCAGGGCGGGCAGCAGAUGGGGCAGGGCGGGCAGGGGCAGAUGGUGCUUGGGCAGGGGCAAGGACAGGGGCCGCAGCAGGUGGGGCAGCAGGGGCAGCAACAGGUGGGUGGAGUGGUUGGUGGUGGUGCUAAUGGUGGGGGCAUGGGAGGGAUGAUUUCGGGGCUGCCUGGAUCGUCCAUGUCUCCUGUCCCGUAUGGUGCCUCUCAGCAGCAGCAGCAGCAGCAGCAGCUAACAGUUCACGAUCAGCAGGCACAAGCACAGGCUCAGGCACAGGCACAGGCACAACAGCAGCAGCAGCAGGCGGGGAUGGGUUUCCAAGGGGUACCAGGAGCAGCAGGAGCAGCAGCAGGAGGAGCGGCUCAGCUGAUCACCGCCAAUUCCGCCUCGCCCUCGCCUGCCCAGCUGAUUGCAUCAGAAAUCGAAAGACCCGGCUCCGCAGCAGCAGCAGCAGCUGCUGCAGGUGGUGUGGGCGCCCCUGGCAUGCCCCUUGGUGCGCCGGGCGCGGUUCCUGGCUCUGUCCCUGGUAGUGGUAUCCCUGGCGCUGCUUCUGGCGCUGCUAGCGCGGUGGCAGGCCCCCCUGGGUUGGCCAAAAUCCCGAUGGGCGCGGAGGGUCCUCUGGCGUAUGCUGGGAGCCCUGCUCCUCCCAUGGACCUCCCAGGCCUCAACCAGCAGGUGGAUUCAUCAGCGUUGCCACAGUCAGCUAACGCUCCUCCCGACCACGAGAUCAAGGCGCAGGCAGUGGCGUUGUUUGACGACUGGGUGCGGGUGAGCGAGGCGGCGGGCAGCAACGACAAGGCAGUGGUGGUGUUUCUCUCGCAGCUGCAGCACUCCUCGCUGCUCGCCUCAGAGGACGCCGCUGAGAGGCUCUUCCGCACGCUCACAGACAUGGUCGUCGCGCACUGCCUCGCCUCCUCCCAGCCUCUCAACCCGCCCCCGCCUGCCGCCCCUGGGAGCGGCCAGGUGCCGCCGGCCCGAGGGCUGAAUUUCACGGCUGUCGACAUGUUCAGCCGCCUCGUGGUUCUGCUUAUCAAGUACUACGUGGAUUUGGGAGGCAAUGCGAAUCUGAGCAAGGUGAAUCUGCUGAACAAGGUGCUGUCGGGCGUGGUGAGAGUCAUCCACCGCCAGGCCGACGAGCACCGCCUCACCAACCCUCGCCCCUUCUUCCGCCUCCUCGCCAACCUUCUGAUCGACUUGAACGCGCCGGAUCCCAACUUUGAUGCCGCCAGUCACCAGGUGCUCACCACCCUGGCGGCCACCUUCCACGCACUGCAGCCUCUUCGAGUGCCCUCGUUCAGCUUCGCAUGGUUGGAGCUCAUCUCCCAUCGCUCCUUCAUGCCCAAGCUGCUGCUCUUCCCCGGUCAGAAGGGGUGGCCCUGGUUCCAGCGCCUGCUGCUCUCACUCUUUAAAUUCAUGGAGCCGUACCUCAGGGAUGCAGAGCUCAGCGACCCGAUCCGCUUGAUGUACAAGGGAGCUAUCCGCGUGCUGCUGGUGCUGCUGCAUGAUUUCCCCGAGUUCCUCUGCGACUACCACUUCAGCUUCUGUGACAUCAUCCCCCCCACGUGCAUUCAAAUGCGCAACCUGGUGCUCUCCGCCUUCCCGCGCAACAUGCGUCUCCCCGACCCCUUCACACCCAACCUCAAGGUCGACCUGCUUCCGGAGAUCAGCCAGCCUCCUCGCAUAUUGUCAGACGUGGAAGCUACUCUGAGGGCAAAGGGGCUUAAAGCUGAAGUUGAUGAGUACCUGCAGACGCGCCAGCCGCCCUCCUUCCUCUCCGCCAGCCUCAAGCAGCGCCUGCUGCUGCCGCCCGCUGAAGCUGUGCAGAGCGGCACCAAGUACAACGUGCCUCUGCUCAACAGCCUCGUGCUUUAUGUCGGUAUGCAGGCGAUUCAGCAGCUUCAAAGCAAGGCCACACCGCAGCAGCUGGCAGUGCCAACGGCCCCCAUCACCCACAGCGCCCCCAUGGACGUGUUCCAGCGGCUGCUGUCCCACCUGGACUCGGAGGGGCGGUACCUGUUUCUGAACGCGGUGGCGAACCAGCUGCGGUACCCCAACAACCACACGCACUACUUCUCCUGCGUGCUGCUCUACCUCUUUGCCGAGGCUAACCAGGAGAUCGUCCAGGAGCAGAUCACACGCGUGCUGUUGGAGAGACUGAUUGUCAACCGGCCACACCCGUGGGGUCUCCUCAUCACCUUCAUCGAACUCAUCAAGAACCCGAGGUACAACUUCUGGAGCCACGGUUUCACGCGGUGUGCACCGGAGAUCAAGAAGCUCUUUGAGUCGGUGGCGCGGUCGUGCAUGGGCCCGCCGCCCAAGAUGGACGAGGACGUGCAUGCUGCUGUUUCGCAGCAGGCCUGA